AUGACAUUUGUUACACAGACUUUCUUCCUUGACGGCUUCGCUCAGCGGCAAUGGGAUGACCCAAACUACGGCGGCACUCGAGUGUCGUACGACAAGGCGGCGUUCGUGCAGCGCAUACAGGAGGAGUUUGAUAAGGGCGCGCCACUCGUGGAGGGCUACGCUCCCUUCUGCAAGCAUGUGUUCGUUCCGAACUUUGUGGGCGCCCGGCUGGGGGCUUUAGCCAUUACAGAGGCAAACCGAGCCAAGCUGCAAUCGGGGUACACCAAGCGUCGACCUGAGGAACUCGCGGUGCUUACCAGGUGGUUCUCAUCAUCGGAUGUGGAUGUCCCGGUGGCCAACUUCCUGGACAUUAUCCUGUACUCGCGCGAGCAGCUGGUCAAGGAGUACGCGGCUAUGCCGACCAAGGGCCCAGGAGACGAGCUGCCGGACGCGCCGUGGGGCAUCAUCAGCAUUAAGGCGCAGGACGAGCCUUACGAGACGCCCAUGCAACCCAUCACGAUGCUGCGCAACGCACUGGGGAGGGAAGAGGGUGGCAGCGGGGUUCCAUUGGAUCGGGAGGCGUACGAGAAGUCGGUCGCGUACUGGGAGACCCACGCGACUAUUGUUGAGGGGGCACGGCCCAACGGCGAGUAAGACUGGUGUGUGCGGGGAAUGAGGGCUUGGCGUAACAACGGUUUGGAACGGGAUGCUGCCUUUCAUCAUGGUUCCUGAGUACAAGAUGCGAGCUGCGGGCGUUGUCAAGCGUGCCACAAAAUGAAGCCAUUAUAGUCAUGUAUGGAUGGAAGUAUUGGCUUAGAGAUUACAGGGUUGCGGAAGUUCAUCGCUGCACGAACGGUCGUUCUGGUGGUACGGUAGGUCCUUUCCAAGUACACGUUCCGCUUACGAGAGCUAUGUUUAUACCCUGGAAGCUGCUGUGCCUAUUUUAUGGUAAUGGCUUAGCGGCGCUGUCAGGUGAUGUUCUAAUAGAAAGCGAAGCGGUCGGGUCGUUGAACGGCAGCUCGUGACCACAGAAAGCGCUCUUUGUGACACUGCUAGCGCUAUAAUUUUUGCGUCAUAUACGGUGUCUUCGGUUACGAUUUUGUGUGCUGCAGCGAACGAAAGAAUAGGCAGCACUGAUGGCGCUGUCGUCGCCGGUGUUACGCAGAAACGUAAGUGCUCUGUUC